AUUUCAACUUAUAGAUUAAAGUCGUUCAAUUUUUCUUUUCGCGGAACAUACGUCUUCCGAGCUCGGGCUUUGAAAAACCCUUAUCAGGCAGGCUGUGUAACAGGUUUGUUCAAUCGCCUCUUCUAUUGAGAAGACAGAGAAGAAGAAAGAAAUGGUCAGGUUGACGGCGGACUUGAUCUGGAAAAGCCCUCAUUUUUUCAAUGCCAUUCGCGAGCGCGAGCUAGAUCUACGAGGCAAUAAGAUUCCGGUUAUAGAGAACUUGGGUGCUACUGAGGAUCAAUUUGACACUAUUGAUUUGUCGGACAAUGAAAUAGUUAAGCUCGAGAAUUUCCCCUAUCUUAAUAGGCUCGGGACACUAUUGCUGAACAGCAAUAGAAUUACACGUAUUAAUCCAAAGAUUGGAGAGUUUUUGCCGAAACUGCAUACCUUGGUUCUUACUAAUAACAGGCUCACUAAUUUGUCUGAAAUUGAUCCACUAGCGUCUCUCCCAAAGCUGCAAUUCCUUAGUCUACUUGAUAAUAACAUCACAAAGAAACCCAAAUAUCGCUUGUAUGUCAUCCACAAGUUAAAGUUUUUGAGGUUGCUGGAUUUUCGGAAAGUGAAACAACAGGAGCGGUUGGAGGCAAAUAAUCUAUUUGCAUUGCCAGAAGAUGAAGAAAAAGCCAAGGAGCAGUCCGUGAAGACAAUUGUACCUGGUGAGGUUACCGCCACUCCUGAUUUGCCAAAAGAGCAGCAAGCGUCAAAACCAGCUGCACCAACACCACAGCAAAUUAUAGCAAUUAAGGCUGCCAUUGUGAGUUCGCAAACUCUUGAAGAGGUUUCAAGGCUUGAACAGGCUUUAAAGUCUGGCCAAAUUCCUGCUGAUCUACUCAUUGGAGAUGAUAAUAUUGGCCCUAAAAAAGAUGAGGCUAAAGAAGACAAAAUGGUUACAGAUGGUGAUAAGCGAUCUAACUAUGAGCAGGGAGAUGGCAUAGGUGAUAGUGGCUCUGAACAAGAAGAUGAUGACCCUACAGAAAUGGAGCAGGAAUAGGUGGUCUACUUCUUGGUUGCUAUUUAUGAGUUCUGCUUCACAAAUCGUGUCUUUUCGACAAGGUUGUUUGGAAGAUGAUGUGUUGUGUAGCUUUUCUGACACAUGUGGCAUAGCUGAAGCUACUUCGGUCUGUGGUGUAGUGUUAAGUCUUAAGACACAACUUUUUAUUUUAUAACAACUACAUAGGUGGGAAGAGUUUAAUCAAUCCAUUGCUCAUUUUAUCAUCUGAUGGUGGCUUAGCACAGUUGUAUCUUUAGUUUUAUACAUUUGUCAGCAGAAAGGAUUAUGAACCCAUCUUUCUUGAUGUUGGAUAGAACAUAGCAUCAAUUUUUGUGUUGUUAGGGAUAUCUACAUGUAUGAAUUCUAUAGAUGGAAGAUUGACCGGGCCACUGGGGCCUGUUUACAAAAAAUGUCACCUGCAUAACUCUACUAGUAACUUUUAGGGCCUGUUUUUAAUACUGAAAUUGAUUGAAUCGGCUG